AUGGCAGAACAUCCAGGAGACUACCGCAGCUUGCCCGAUGAGGCCCCCAUGCAACGCCGCCAGUGGAACCGUUUUCCUGCGCCGAGAAAACUCGAUUGUGCAAUUUUCGCGCCACUUCUGCUUGUGGCGCUGUUCUCGAGCUGCCCUAGGCAUGUUCCAAUUCAGAUGUUGAUAGCCUUCCCUCCCACAGCGCGGACGAGCUGUGGCCAGAUCAGUGGCCAAUGGGAGCAUCCACAGGGCAUGCUCAUCGCCGCGUACCGGGGGAUCAAGUUUGGCGAAGCGGAGCGCUGGAUGCCUUCCACGGAGUUUUGUCCUGAAGCUCCGCGGAUUGCGAGGCAGGAGGGUCCCGCAUGCCUGCAGUGGAACUUGUACAAUGAGCACGGCGGGCAGAGUGAGGAUUGUUUGUACCUCAACGUCUUCGCACCGGGAUGUGCGCCCAUUGGCGCCUGCAGCAACCUCCCCGUCGUAGUUUUCCCUCCCGGCGGUGGCCUCGUGUUGGGCGACAACUCGGGCUACGCCGGCUUGACCAAUUUCGUCGCAGCGGCCGGCGACAUCGUGAUGGUCGUCUGCUUCUUUGCUGGUUAA